AUGUCCUUCUCCUCCUCCUCCUCCUUGCAAAGACUCGUCUGCGGCGACGAGGCACGUGCCAUUUGUUCCGUCCCAAACGAUAGCGCUAACAACGAGUCUCUCUUUGCCGUCGCGUGCAGUACUACUACUCCUGCUUCUACGACGAAGAGUGAAGUGAAAAUCUUUUGCGUCGACGCGCAGACGCAUCGCUUGAAAGAGAAACGAGAACUCGCUUUUGUGAGUAUGGACGAUAAGAUUGUGGACGUGGAUUGUUUUCGGUGUCGAGACGAUUCUGUCGUGGAUAGUGGUGGUGGUGUGUUAUUGAUCGCCGCGUGUACCGCAGAAGGGAACGUUUCCGUCUUUCGCAGACGAGAAGGAGACUCAAAAGAGGGAGACGAAGAAGAGAAAAAUGUCAUCGAGAACAAAGUAAGCGAAAAUGAAGGAGAACAGCGAGAAGAAGGAGGAGGACGACGGCAGUUGCGUACACAGUGGUACUCGUCGUGUAAAUUUGAUCCAAACGGCGACGGGCGCGUCGUCGCGAUGGUGACGAGCGGAGGAGCGUCUGCGAGUUUUUACGACCACGAGAACGCGAAACGGGUUGGUGCGUUUACUACUACAGGAGGCGAUGACGAUGGUGUCGUUGGCGGCAAUAGUGAGGAGAUGAAAAAGAAGACGACGAGCAGCAAAGGCGACUGGUCGAAAGCGAAUCGAAACCAGUUUGCGUUUACGAGAGACGGCGAUGUUUUCGUGGUCGAUUCGAGAUCGAGUAACGAUACCGCGAAACCUAUAUUUUCUCAAGCGAGCGCGUUUCGAGACGUCGCGUUUUCCGCGAGCGAGGACGGGCGGUACAUCGUCACCGCCUCGGAGGAUUGGUUGGUGAAGACGUGGGAUUUGAGGAAAAACGGCGGAGCACCGGCGAAGUGCUUCGCCGGUCACGAAGGCGCGGUCACGAAGGCGAGAUUUAAUCCCGUGUACGAAUCCAUAGUUAUGUCGAGUUCGUUAGACGGUACGGUGAAAUUGUGGAGAGAUUCCGACCUCGGACGUUUACCCGACGACGACGACAGCGAAAGGAGGAGGAAUAAGAAAGUGAACAUCGACGAGAAUAGCGGCGGCGGUAUUAAUAACAAUAGCGAAGGGGUGAGCGUAGAACUGAAAGCGUACGGGAACUUACAAACCACCACGGUGGGGUCGUUCUCGCCAGUCGUCGACGCGUGUUGGAGCUGCAACGAUCCGUGGAUUAUGGCCGCGAUAACUUUGGACGGAACCGUAGCCUUGGACGUCGUUCCGAGAAGCGAGAAGUAUCGCAUUUUAUUGUAA